AUGAAGGCUGCUGCAACUGGACGGUUUCUGCUGGUGCUCAUGGCUUGCAGCGUGCAUGCUGUCACCUGCAGCAGCAGCAACACCACUCCUGGGAACCAAACAGAUCGACUAUCACUGCUUGAAUUCAAGAACUCGAUCAGUUUGGAUCCACAGCAAGCAUUGGCUUCUUGGAAUGACAGCACUCAUUUCUGCAAUUGGGAUGGUGUCACGUGCAGGACGACGAGCAAUCGUGUCACUAAUCUUGAUUUUGGAAAUCGAGGUUUAGUCGGCCAAAUAUCUCCUUCGCUCGGAAACCUGACAUUCGUGAAACAGCUGUCCCUAGCAACAAACAGAUUCAGUGGACAAAUCCCAGCAGCCCUUGGCCAGUUGCAUCGCCUCCAAACCCUCUACUUGAGUAACAACACGUUACAUGCAGUUAUACCUACUUUUGGAAACUGUUCCAAUCUGGAGAUACUAUGGCUCAAUGGGAACAAUCUCCUUGGAGGAUUUCCGGACCUGCCACUUGGACUUAAACAGCUGGAGCUUGGAUCUAACAAUCUUUCAGGCACCAUCCCUCCUUCUCUUGCCAACAUCACAACGCUUAAGGGGUUGGGCUUCAAUUACAAUAACAUUGAGGGAAACUUCCCACAUGAGUUUGCGAAGUUUCCGGAGCUACAGCGUCUGCUCACUAGUGCCAACCAUUUGGUAGGUAGUUUUCCACAGGCCAUCCUGAAUCUUUCAACCCUCGUUUCCUUUCGUAUUGCAAUGAAUGAUUUAAGCGGCGAGGUGCCACCUGGCCUAGGUAGCUCUCUUCCCAACCUCCAAAUUCUUCUAAUGGACUACAACUUUUUCCAUGGUCACAUCCCUUCCUCGUUGGCCAAUGCAUCAGAUCUGCGCAUGAUUGAUAUGUCAAACAACAGUUUCACUGGCGUGAUCCCUAGUUCCAUUGGCAAACUUGGCAAUCUCUACGGGCUGAAUCUUGAGUUAAAUAAACAUAAAGCUCGUAACAAUCAAGACUGGGAGUUUAUUUACAGCUUAGGCAACUGUAGUAAGCUACAAGGAUUAUCAGUAUUUGACAAUCAGCUAGAAGGCCACGUACCAACUUCAUUAGGUAACCUUUCUGUUGAACUGCAGAUAUUAUUACUGGGGAACAAUCAAUUAUCAGGUGGUUUUCCUUCUGGCAUCGCAAACCUUCGCAACCUGAUGUGGUUAGGACUAGGUGGGAAUCAAUUUACAGGCAAGGUUCCAGAAUGGCUUGGAACUCUAAACAGUUUACAAGUGAUGAUUUUAGGUAACAACAAUUUCACAGGGUUUAUUCCAUCAUACCUUAUGAACUUGACUCAGUUAUCAGAUCUCGGACUUCAAGCCAACAAAUUCGAAGGGCAUGUACCUACAAGCAUAGGAGUUCUUCAAAAUCUUCAAGAAGAUAUUCUUCCGUGUAUAAAGGAGAACUCUUCCAAGACAAAACCAUGGUGGCUGUCAAAGUUUUUCGCCUUAGAGACAUGGGGGGCACAAAAGAGCUUCAUUGCAGAAUGUAAUGCUCUACGAAAGGUGCGGCACCGAAAUCUAGUUCCUAUACUCACUGCAUGCUCUAGUAUUGAUUCCAAUGGAAAUGAUUUCAAAGCCUUAGUCUAUGAGUUCAUGACACAAGAGUGUGCUGCAGGCGGAGCUGUUUCGAGUGCUGGGGAUGUUUACAGCUUUGGGAUUGUUCUACUUGAAAUAUUUUUGCGAAGGAGGCCAACUGAUGAUAUGUUCAAUGGUGAGAUGAACAUUACAAAAUUUGUUGAGAUAAACUUUCCUGACUGGAUACCACAGAUAAUAGAUCCUGAACUACUAGUAGAGCAACAACAUUUAUGUCCAGAAACUUCAGUGGCCAUGAAGGAGAAAAGCUUGGAGUGUUUGCUUUCAGUCCUAAACAUUGGGCUUCUCUGCACCAAGCCGUCCCCGAAUGAGCGCAUCUGCAUGCAGGAAGUCACUGCAAGGUUGCAUGGAAUCAAGAAAGCAUAUAUAUCAUAG